AUGAGCUGUCUAGCAGACCCGCGAUUCGCGUCGCCACCGCCAGGGCCGCACCGCUUGGGCCCUAUGGAAUUUCAGCUCCCACCGCCACCAGGGAGUCACAUGCUCGGCUCACCAGAUAUAGUCACCAGUUCCUCGUCACACGAUUCCAGCUUUCUCCAGACCCUCUCUGGCCCGCACGAUGAGCUUGCUGGUCCUGGUGGACCACCUCAAAUGGGCGCUGGUCCCUUUCCCCUGGACCGUUUGGACCGGGAAUGCCGCCUCAUGGACCGCCUUUUGGGUGAGUUUUUAGUUUUCAGCCAUCGACUUGGAUUUCCUCCGGGAAUGCCCUGUGGACCGAGACUUGGACUGCCGAUUCCGCCGCCGCCGUUCUUGGACUUUUAUGGAAUGCCUGGUGGUUUAGAUGGCAAUUAUAGAAAGAAGAGAAAAGCGUGCGGAAAAUGCGUACCCUGCCAGCGAAAAGACAACUGCGGCACAUGCCUGAACUGCGUCAACCGAGCAAAAGGCAAACAAAUCUGCAUCCACAGGAAAUGCGACGCUCUCAAGAAAAAGGCUUCGAAAUUCGACAAAGAUGACGACAAAGACGACAGAAGCAACGGUCACAAGUCGCCGUUUUCGGAGCGAGAUGGAAUGAGACCGCCGCAAAUGAUGCCCUUUGGAGAUGGUCUAAUGCCUGGAAUGCCUGAUCGUGACGGGAACCUCCCUCCUCCGAUGAUGGGUCUUCCACCGCACAUGAUGCCUCCUCACCCUGGCAUGCUCGGCCCCGUUCCUCCAUCUUGGGACGGUCCAGGCCCCCAUGGCCCCGGCCUCCCACCACAUCCCCUCGGUCCUGGCGGCCCAGGUCCAGCCUUGGAUCCGAAUGGCCCGCAUCCGCCGCCAUUUUACCCACCUCCUGGAGAAAUGAUGCCUUUUGACGAGAACUCGCCUCACCAUCCUGCAUUCAUGGCGAACAACAAUCCUCAGAAUUUGAACUCGUCGAACGAUUCAUCAUCUCCACAGCCGCAGAGUAAUCCUCAAAUCACACCGCUCGGUUCGAAUCAAUUGCCUCCUGUUAGCGACAGGGUUCGGGCCAGGUGGAGAAAUGCCUCUGCCGCCGAUUUCGAUGGUUUCAUCGCUGCCGCAAAGUCUCCCCUUGCCCCUGCCGAUGAUGAGUCAUCCUCCCAUCAGCAGCAGCACGCCAGACCAGCCCCAACUCAACAUCCCCGGCCCUGGCUUGCUAAAACCGAUCAUUUCAACAACUCCGACUCCGAUAACCUCCUCAAAUCCUCUUCCAGCAAAUCCGGCAAUACCGAAUGCGCCAUUGCCAACAACAACGACGCCGCAAAAUCCAGCGGGAAUGAGCGGAAAGAACACGAGUUUGAACAAUUCGCCGGAAAGCGGGAGCAGAUGCUCGAUAAUUGUCAAGACGGAGCUCUAGAAUUUGAGAAAAUUCAAAAUGGAGAAAUGAGCUGUUGUAUUAAAUUAUAUUUAUUUCGCUGGCUGAAAAACACGGAGCACUCUUUCUUUCAAACAAACAACUCUCCUCUCACAACUCUUCCUCCAACAACCGAAGAACCAAUUCAACUCUGCGAAUUCAAACAUUUUGCCGAAAAAUCCAUCGUUGCUUUCCACGCUCGAUCUUAUGAUAUCUUUGACCGAGAAAGGGCGAAAGAAAUUUUUCGGGGAAUCAUGACUAGAAUGUCGGAUAUCGCGCAUGGAAUAGAUGGCGAUUGCGAGGAAAAAAUGUUCAAUUGCGAUUUUUUGAAAAUUGAUAGAGAAGAGCAUGCAUGCACCCUUGUCCGAAGAAUCGAAAAUCUCGCUGGUUCAAUCUCCUCCCUCUGCCCUCGCGUCCAGUUUCCAGAUUUCGAAGAGCUCCAACAAGCCGUGCAGCCAAAGCACAUGUCUUGUCCCUUCCCAACCAUGCUACGAGAAAACAUCAACUCAAUGAACAAAAAAUUCAAACAAGAGUACGAGCGAUCUCCCCUCAAAGCCCUUUCCCUAGCGCUGGAAGAAUACAAAAUCAAGCUUCAAAAUCUCGUCGAAAAAAGCGCCGAAAUUGAAAUGGAAGAAUACCCGGAAAUGCAAAGCGAUGCUUUUGGAGAAAUUUUGGAAGAGGAAGAAGAAAUCGAAGACGAAAUUGACUUUCUCGAAAAAAUAAUUCGGGAGAGAAAAAAACGGAAAGAAAAAGCAAAAAAUUUUGCAAAAACUCAAUUUGAGAAAAAAUCCUCUUGGAGGACGAGUUGGCAAGGUCCGCCAACGUCAACAACUACCAUCAAAACCACAACAACAAAAGCAACAACAACAACAACAACAACAACAGCUGUCACUUACAAAGGCGACGAACCAAAUCCGAAAUGCCCCGAAUUGCAAAAUCCAACAUGGUGGACUUGCUCCAAUAAUGGCAAUACCUGUAUUCUGUUCACAUGUGGAAAGAGGAAGAGGCAAGCUCAUUGCAGAGUGAAGAAUGGGAAGUUCUUCUGGAAAGGAAUAUCCAAUACAGACGGGUGUACUAUUCCUGGUUAUGCUACAACAACAACAGCAAAAUCAACAACCACGACUACAACCACAUCUACAACAACCACAACAACUCCCUGGACUGGUCCGCCGACAACACCAACGACAACAACAACCACGACGGCAAAAACAACAACAACAACCACGACAUCAACAAUCACCUACAAAGGCGACAAACCAAAUCCAAAAUGCCCUACUUUGCCAAAUGCUACUUGGUGGAAUUGCGAAAACAACGGAAACACAUGCUACUUGUUCACAUGCGGGAGAAGAAAGAGAAAGGCAAUGUGCAGGGUGAAAAAAGGAAAUUUCUUUUGGGCUGGUAGUCCAAGCACAAAUGGCUGUGAUAAGCCUGGUUAUGUUCAAGAAUCAACGGAUCAAUCUGUCGCUUCCUCUACUACUGCAGUUACUCUUCCUGCAACCACAAAUUCUCCUCAAAAUCCCACAUCUCCGACAUCUUCGACAUCGUCGUCAGUUUCAGCGAACCCGACAUCGACGACCACUACGAUUGCAAGUUCUUAUAUCGGCGAUGCUCCCUACUUCAAAUGCCCUAUUCUCCCAAACCCAACCUGGUGGAACUGUUCAAAUGAUGGAAAAACUUGCAUCAUUGCAACUUGCGGCAGGAGACAACGGAAAGCCUACUGCAGAUAUAAAAAAGUUGAAGGAGGACUGUACAUCGAAGCUGGAGGCUGUCAUCAAGGAAGUGCAUUCGCUGACGGGCAGUGCCUCAAAUACGACAUGGGAAUUUCCGACAGCAAUGGAAAGAAGAUUUUCUCCCUCGCUCAACCCUUCGGCGGCUGCUGCAACCAACACAUGAGCAAUCACGAGUGGAUCAUCAGCGAGUACGGAACUGACAAUGAAAUCUGCCGACUGAAGUCGUACAUGAAUGUUUCUGACACGAACGUUGAAGUGACAUUUCCUCGUGAUUUGAGCAUCGACAUGAAAAUUUGUCUAAUGAUGACAACGAUUACGACUGCCUUCAGCAUGAUGGACGUCCAGAUUCGACGAGAACACGAUCGAAGAAGAAGAUAA